AAUGCGUUUUACGUUAAGUUGGUACUAUUUUUGAAAGAAUUGCUUAUGAAUAAUGUUCCGCGGCCGGUAUAUAUUUUUAGAGGACAUGAGGCACAAAUUAGUUACAUUUAUUUUUUUAAAAAGAAUAAAAAUCUUGCAACUUGUGAUGCCGAUGGUUGGGUCAUAAUUUGGAAUAUUUUUACUUUUAGACCAAUUAUAGUUUGGAAAGCACACUUGGAAUCAAUACUUACCUGUUAUGAUUGGACUGAUACAUAUUUUAUUACGCAUGGAAGAGAUAACAAGAUAUAUGUAUGGCAACUUGAUUUUGAAAUUAAAAGAGACUUAGAGGUGUACCUUCCGGUUGAUCAAAAAAAGGAAUGUCAGAAAAAACCAUGGAUGCUUUAUAGUCUUAAUAUUCUGACUUUAAAUUAUUGCUCUUUUUCAGUCUGUAAUAAAGAAGAUAAAUUAGAGAAUGAUAUUUUUUUGGCUGUUCCUAGUUCAAUGAAAGCUGAAUUGAUUGAUAUUUAUGAUUUACCAAAUUGUCAGCUAGUAUAUUCAGGAAUAGGUUCUACUAAGGAAGCUACUGGAAUAGUAAUGAGUCUUUGCAUAUAUUAUCGACAGGAAUUAUUAUAUAAAUGCCUAGAAAUUUCUGUUGGUUUUGAAAGUGGGCAUGUAGGUGUUUUUACAUACUCUCAAGAUUCUCGAUCAUGGGAAAUUAAGUAUUUUUUCAAAAUACAUACACAACCUGUUAUAUCGAUUCAUUCUGAUCCAUUACAUGAAUUUCUUAUUUCAUCAGGUGCAGAUUCAUUUAUCGUAAAAUAUUCUCUUAGUUCAAAUUCAGAUAACAAUGUAUUAAAAUUUAAAACACGGCAUAAUGGACAACAAUCCCUUAGAAUUCGUUCUGAUGCUAAAAUAUUCGCGACAGCAGGAUGGGAUGGAAAAGUUCGAAUUUAUUCCUGUAAAACUUUUUCUCAGUUAGCUGUCUGUAAAUGGCAUGAGAUUGGAUGUUCUUCACUGGCCUUUGGGGAAGUAAUAUCGGAAUAUGAUGAUGAUGUAAAAUUAUUUGAAAAAAGUAGGCAUUCAGAACGAUUGAAAAAACAUUGGUUAGCAGCAGGUGGAAAAGACGGAAAGAUAUCAUUAUGGGAAAUAUAUUAAUGUUAAAAUUUUGCAUUUUAUAUUCUGCGAUGCGUAUUACAUGGA